GUGAACACUCAGGAUCGUUUUCAUUUAAUGCCUAUUGUGACUCCAGCUUAUCCCCAACAAAACUCUACUUAUAAUGUGACUCUAUCCACUAAAGCUGUUUUAGUAGAGGAAUUCAAGCAAGGCCUUUCGGUUACAGAAGAAAUUCAUCUUGGGAAAGCUGACUGGGCAAAAUUGUUCGAACCAACCAAUUUCUUCCAGAAAUACAGGCAUUAUAUUGUGUUAAGUGCCAGUGCUACAACAGUGGAACAUCACCUGGAAUGGAUUGGAUUGGUUGAAUCCAAGAUUCGAUUAUUAACUGGUAAUUUAGAGAGGAAUCUAUGUAUUACGUUAGCACAUGUAAAUCCGGAGGCAUUUUCACCCAUGACGUCAUCUGAGAAGAUAGAAGAUAAACCUGUGUUGUGUUCUAUGUGGUUUAUUGGUCUUUCAUUUGAGAAACUAGAGAAUAUGAAUGUAGACCUUACCUAUGACAUCCAGAGUUUUACUGAUACUGUAUACAGGCUAGCUGUUUCUACUAAUAUGUAUAAAGAGGGCAUGAAGCUAGAAGCUAAACAUGUCAAAAAGAAGCAGCUCGGUGACUAUCUACCUCAGAGUGUUCUGAAAAGUAAUAAAAAGAAGUCUUUACAACCAGGUGAGGGCAUUAACACUCCAACAAGAGAGACAGGUACCAGUAGUACUAGUAAUACCCCCAAUAGGACACCAAGUAGUGUAAAGAAGACCUGGCUGAUUGAUGAUGAAUCUAGUAAUGACAGUAGUUAUCGAGAAUCAGAUGGUACCUUAGCAUUAAAGAAAAAUACCAGUAAGACAUCAGUACAAAGUGAAAAUGGUGAUUCCAAAAAUGUUGGGAAUGAUAUGCCAGCCACAACUGGUGGUGGAGAUGCAUCUCUCAGUGUUAGUAUGGAGUCCAAAAGCAGUUCUGUGGAAGGUGUUUCACCAAAUGCAGGGAAAUCUGUGAAAAGACCAAUAUCACCAUCAUUGCUACAGGAUGAACCUCUGCAAAAGAGAUUAAAAAAUUCUGAAGAACCACAGUCACAAGACACUGAGAUAAAAAGUGUGUCUGAAGAUGACAAGCUAAUGAUUUCACCUUCGUUAUUACCGCUGUCUGAUACACCACCAAAACAACAAACCAUUAUCGAAAACACUGAAGAACAG